AUGGUUCGAAAAUCUCAUUGUGGUUAUGGAUUCUUCCUGAUCAUUGCUCUACUAUUGACUCUGGCGUCUGUUUUCACUCCAGGGUGGCGUAGUUAUAAAGGCAACGGAGCCCCGGACAUCGGAUUGAUCUCCAGAUACUGUGGAAAUGGAGUUCGGGAAGUGAACCAGUACGACUGCAAGGCAUACGGUAGAUUCCAACUACCAUUCGAGAAGGCAACCCUGGCAUUCAUGAUCAUUGCGAUUAUUCUGGAGAUUGUGUCAUUGGGAUUGUAUCUCCAAUCGACGUCAUACGAGCUUCUGGCCAAUGUCUACUUGGGAUACUCCUAUUGGAUCGCUGUCAUCGCCGCGGUCUUCCUUCUGAUUUCUUGCAGUCUUUCUGGAACAUUGAUUGGACCAACUGAGAAUACUGAGCACUUGCAUUGA